AUGAAGAACAAGGGAGACCACAAUGAAAUCCACACAGUGGAGGAUCCAUAUCAGGAUUCAGACUGUGGAGAGAGCUUCAGUCAGAGCUUCCAUUCCAUUUCCCAUCAAAGAAAUCCCCUUGAGAAGAAACACUACCACUGCUUGGAGUGUGGAAAGAGCUUCAGUAACAGCAACGAUCUCACUUCCCAUCGUAGAAUUCAUACAGGGGAGAAACCCUAUCAGUGCGUGGAAUGUGGAAAGAGCUUCAAUCAGAGCUCCCAACUCACUUCCCAUCAAAGGAUUCAUACAGGGGAGAAACCCUAUCAGUGCUUGGAAUGUGGAAAGCGCUUCACCAGGAAAGAAAGUCUGACUUCCCAUCAAAGAAUUCAUACAGGGGAGAAACCCUAUCAGUGCGUAGAAUGUACAAAGAGCUUCAAUCGGAGGGACCUUCUCACUUCCCAUCAAAGGAUUCAUACAGGGGAGAAACCCUAUCACUGCUUGGAGUGUGGAAAGAGCUUCCGUCAGAGCUUCCAACUCAUUUCCCAUCAAAGGAUUCAUACAGGGGAGAAACCCUAUCACUGCUUGGAGUGUGGAAAGAGCUUCCGUCAGAGCUCCCAAAUCACUUCCCAUCAAAGGAUUCAUACAGGGGAGAAACCCUAUCACUGCUUGGAGUGUGGAAAGAACUUCAGUCAAAGCCACGAUCUCACUUCCCAUCAAAUGAUUCAUACAGGGGAGAAACCCUAUCAGUGCUUGGAGUGUGGAAAGAGCUUCACUCAGAGGGACCAUCUCACUUCCCAUCAAAGGAUUCAUACAGGGGAGAAACCCUAUCACUGCUUGGAGUGUGGAAAGAGCUUCAGUCAGAGCUCCCAUCUCACUGCACAUCAAAGAAUUCAUACAGGGGAAAAACCCUUUCAGUGCGUGGAAUGUGGAAAGAGCUUCACUCGGAGUGCCAAUCUCACUUCCCAUCAAAGGAUUCAUACAGGGGAGAAACCCUAUCACUGCUUGGAGUGUGGAAAGAGCUUCAGUCAGGGCUCCCAUCUCACUGCACAUCAAAGAAUUCAUACAGGGGAAAAACCCUUUCAGUGCGUGGAAUGUGGAAAGAGCUUCACUCGGAGUGCCAAUCUCACUUCCCAUCAAAGCAUUCAUACAGGGGAGAAACCCUAUCAGUGCGUGGAAUGCGGAAAGAGCUUCAAUCAAAGGGCCAUGCUCACUUCCCAUCAAAGGAUUCAUACAGGGGAGAAACCCUAUCAGUGCUUGGAAUGUGAAAAGAGCUUCAUUGACAGACGCUAUCUCAUUGCCCACCAGAGAAUUCAUACAGGGGAGAAACCCUACCAGUGCGUGGAAUGUGGGAAGAGAUUCAGAAAUUGCUCAGAUCUCACUUCCCAUCAAAUGAUUCAUACAGGGGAGAAACCCUAUCAGUGCGUGGAAUGCGGAAAGAGCUUCAGUCAAAGCAACAAUCUCAUUUCCCAUCAGAGAAUUCACACAGGGUAGAAACUAUUUCAGUGCCAAGAGUGUGAUCGGAGGGAUUUAUGAAAGUCUGGUCUCAUUUUUAAAGUUCUUUUAAAAAAUAGAAUUGGAGCUUCUGGGAUAUCUUGAUUUAUUGCUCAGAUAAGCGUCCGGCACGCUUCCCCCAUUGCGUAGGCCUCUGCAUUCCAAAGGGCACAUUCCGAUACUUCUGAGCAUAGCAGAGUUCGUCAGCGGCUAGAGGAAGCCAAAACACUCCAGUGCAUUCUUCAGUGUGCUUAAAUGAAGUCCACUCAGGAUAUUAGCAGCUAAAAGCAGCUUUAUUUACAGCAGGCUAUCCAUUAUCUAUCACAGCGAACAGCAUCGCGAAAACACGUCCUCUCUCCUCAAAAGCGAAAGUAGAGAGACAGAACAAAGACUUUAGUCUCUCGGAACUGACGUAGCUUUUCCCCCCUCCCACUUGUAGGCAGAGCGUACACUCUGAGCUGUUUAACCCUGUAAGCUCAGGUUUUCCUCACACCCCCUCUCGCUCUGCGCUACUGUGGGGACAGUAAGUACAGAACUUACCCCCAACUCCAAACCACCACAAAACUCCCCAUGACGCUGGAAGCUUAAAGGUUUGGUAAAUCCAUCGGCCAGGUUACUGUGACUGGCACAGUACUUCAGUCGUAUCAAACCUGACUGAACACUCUGACACACAUUUCGGAAACGUAUGUCCAAAUGCUUGGUUCUCGCUUUAAAUUGCGCAGAUUCAGCCAACUUCAAACAAGGCUGAUUGUCUUCCCAAACCGUGAUGGGCAAGCUACAAUCCCCAUAGAUCUCUUGCACCAAGCAUCUAUAGAACUCUAGUUCUCGGCACAAGUCUGACAGUGCACUGAAUUCAGCCUCAGUAGAAGACAGCGCAAUGAGACUUUGCUUCCGGGACUUCCACCCAACUAGUGACUUCCCAAACUUUAUCACCAACCCAGACACAGACUUGCGGUCCUGCAAAUUCGCCCAAUCACUGUCCGCAUAGCAUGUGAGCUUCGCCUCACCUUCAGCUGGCAGCUUAAGACAGAAGUCUUUGGUAUGCUGCAGGUAGCGCAGUACCCGCUUGAUACCGUGCCAAGCACUCACACUGGGCUUUGACGCUUCCCUACUUAGCAGGUUGGUAGCAAAGGCAAUGUCUGGUCUGCUCCAUUGGGACAGAUACAACAGACUACCUAGAGCUGACUGAAAGAGCUCAGCAUUCUCAAACUCAGCACUCUCUGCUUGCUGGCUAUCUUUCACGAAGUUCGUCUCCAUGGGUGUCCGAACUCCUGCACAAUCGGACAUUCUGAACUUCUCCAGCAACUGCUCAAUCUUGCCUUUCUGACUGAGCAAGAAGCUACCAUCCUCAGUUCUCGCUAUCUGGACGCCUAGGUAGAUCUUUACUGCACCCAGGUUCUUGAGCUGAAACCGUUUCCCAAGCUCUUUGGCAAACUUCUGCACCUGUUUGUCUGCCUUUCCAACAUGGAUGAUGUCAUCAACAUAAAACAACACCAGUUCCUGUGAGUCUCCUGAUCCUCUAAGGAACAGGCAACUGUCAGCAAGACUCUUCCUGAAACCUAGCUUCUCCAAAGCUUCAUUCAGGCACAAGUUCCAAUUCCUGGCCGACUGCUUCAGGCCGUAAAUUGACUUGUGAAGUUUCCACACAGUACCUCGCUCAUUGCCCUCAAACCCAGGAGGAGGAAGCAUGUACAGAUCCUCCUGGAGGUCUGAGUUCAAGUAAGCAACAUCCACAUCAAAGUGAUGCACCAGCAAACCUCUUUGUGCAGCGAUGGCCAAAACCAAGCGUAGAGACUCACUCCUACACGUGGGCGCAUAACUCUCCGUAUAAUGCAACCCCCCUUUGCUGCGUGAAUCCUCUCGCCACUAAUCUGGCCUUAUACUGCGGUUCUCCUGUCGCUGUGGGCUUAAGACGGUAAACCCAGCGACUACCCACUGCCUUUUCACCCACCGGCAACUUCGUGAGGGAGAACACACCUAGAGACUCCAUUGAGUUCAUCUCCUUCUGCAUCGCCUCAUGCCAUUUCCUGGCUUCUUCCUGAGGCAGUUUCUGAACAUCCUCAAAACUCUCGGGUUCACACUGUGCCAUUCCGACCCACACACUAGUGACGGCAAACCUUUCAGGAGGUUUCCCCUUGGUCGUCCUUGCUGAACGGCGCAGCACUACUUCAGGAACCCCCUCUGACCCACUAGGGCCAGCCAGAACGUCCUUGGCAUCAGAGAGCUCCCCCUCUGACUUACUGCGCCUUCUGGACUUCUCAGCCGAACCUGUGGGGGAAGAUGGAGCACUGCGUUGCUCACUCUUCACAGCCUUGGGAGAAGUUCUCCCCUCUGCCUGCACUGGGUCUGGACUCUGAACCUCAGCAGCAGGUUCAACCUCUUCCUCUCCUUCAUCAGCAGAGUCUAGCAGACUCUCUGACAGGAUGUCAGGGUUCCCAUGUAUCCUUGCCCAGCCACUCUGCUCACAGAAUUCAGCACUGUUGCUGAGCAGAAUCCUGGACUGAUUCCCUGACGGAUACGCAAACCUCCACCCCUUGGUCCCUGGCUCAUACCCACAAAAAUCAUCUUCUGGGACCUGGGUUCACCUUUCUUGCGUUUGGCCUUUGGUAUGAGGACCCAAGCCUCACAGCCAAAAACGCGGAAGUAGUGCACUUUCGGUUUCUUGCCAUGAAGCAAAAAAUACGGUGUGUCACCUACCACUGAAUUGAACGACCUGUUCAGAACAAAGUUGGCCGUUCUCCAAGCCUCCCCCCAAAAACGCUGUGGGAGCCCGGCAUCAAACAAAAGAGCUGCGGACAUCUCCCCUAGAGUCCUGUUCCUGCGUUCCGCGAUCCCAUUCUGUUGGGGACUGUGUGGAGAGGUCAACCUGUGUUGAAUCCCCUUUUUGCGGAAGAAACUUUGCAGUGCAGACCCGGUGAACUCCCCACCGCGAUCGCUCUGAAAGUUUUGCACCCGUGUGGAAAACUGCAGUUCCACAGCCGCAAUCCAGUCUUUGAUUAGCGGCGCAGCUUCAUCUUUGCGCCGAAGCAAAAAACUCCAAGAAUUCCUAGUAUGGUCAUCAGUCAGAACCAGCGAAUAUUUGGCUCCGCCCAAACUGCUCACAGAAAACGGUCCACACAAAUCUGCAUGAAUUAAUUGAAAAGCCCUAGUGGUCACCCUCUCAGACCUAGGGUAUGUGCACGUUUUCACCUUGGCGGACUUGCACGCUCUGCAAUCUAGAAACUUAGCACAUGGUUUCAUUUUGCACCCUUGCGUAUACUCUGGGAUCCUUCUCACCGACCCCCACGAAACGUGUGACAUACGUCUGUGCCAGAGAUGGGCACACGCAUCAUGAACUGGAACAUUGGCACACUGCGCUUGAGCCUCCUCCGUGUCAUCCGUGUCAUCUGGACCUGCAAAAGAAGCAUUUAUCACAAACAACCUGUCUUUGCAUUCAACACUGACUAGGUGCUGUCCAUUCUUGGAAAUAGAACACUUAUUGUUCUCAAAACACACUCUGUAGUUCUCAGCAAGAAGUGCACUGACAGACAGCAACGCGCAGGACAGUCCUGGAACAACAAAAGCCUGUAUUGAGUCCUGCAAGAAAGAACAAAACAGUGAGCCACUCUGCGUGAGUGGGUGUCGAGUCCCAUCUGCUAAACAGACAGUCUUCCCAGAUUUUACAGAGGUGCAGUUCUCCAGGAAUCCACCAGAUGGCACAAGAUGAUGCGAUGAUCCUGAGUCUACCACAAAAGCCAGCUCAGCAUCCUGUUGACAACUUUUGACUACAGCCAUAGAGGCAGCCAAAUGUUUACGUUCAGUGUCUCUGCCAGCUGCCUUCGGCUUGCCUUUCCCACGCUUUGAAGACGAGCUCUUUAUCUGGUUGCUACGGGAGACGGCCUUGGGCUGUUCCUCCACUGGACAUUCUCUCACCAGAUGGGAGGGGGAGCCACAGCGAUAACAGCGGCGACGCGUAGCAACAGCUCUCACAGCUCCUUCUUCAGCCAUUUCUUUGUUCCCUGCACCCCCACCUUUGGGUGCACAGCCUGGGCCUGCACGCUCCCCAGCACUCUGGUUGUAGGCCUCAACAUCACACGGCCCCUCGGAGACAAAGCAGCUACUCCCAGCUGUAACUUUAGGAACAUGGCCAGCAGCCCCCUCUGGGCUCUCAGCUUCCUCCCUGCUCUCGGCUUCCUCCCGGCCCUGGGCUCCUGCUGAGUUCUCACACAGACUCCUCAGCACCUGCCAGGCGGCCUGAGCCGACUCAAUGCCCUCCAGGUGGGGCAACAGGAUAGCGUCCACGCUUGCUCUCAACAUGCAGAGCUCCCUUUGCAUUCUCAGCUCUCUAUCUUCCAGGAGUGCAGCCUCCAGUUCUGCUCCUCCAUCUUCAGCAGCAACUGGCAUGGGUGGGGCUGGCUCCUUCUGGGCUAUACUCCAGAACCCAGUGGCCAAAAACCACCCCCUGACUCUUCUAACCCAGAUAUCCCAGGACUGGGUUGUGAGCUUUUCAAACGGGACAUCAUAAAAGUCCUGGAGCUCAGCCAUCUCCUCCCCCAGUGCUCCCAUCAUUGGGGGCUUUGAAGUACUCACGCGUACCAGCCAGCUUCAAAGGAGAGGCCUCCAGUGGCUCCUUGCAGCACACAGCUUGCAUCCAGCUUUGCAGCACACAGCUUGCCUGCUUUUCUCCCAGGCAAAGCCUCAAAGCAGGACUUUUGCAUUCCGGCAGCAAAACAACAGCUUCUCAGUUUCCAGCCUUCUUAAGCACACAGCACAUCAAAGGCAGGCUUCCUCUAAUUGCAAUUACUGCCUCCAUAACCUCUGGGAUAUCUUGAUUUAUUGCUCAGAUAAGCGUCCGGCACGCUCCCCCAUUGCGUAGGCCUCUGCAUUCCAAAGGGCACAUUCCGAUACUUCUGAGCAUAGCAGAGUUCGUCAGCGGCUAGAGGAAGCCAAAACACUCCAGUGCAUUCUUCAGUGUGCUUAAAUGAAGUCCACUCAGGAUAUUAGCAGCUAAAAGCAGCUUUAUUUACAGCAGGCUAUCCAUUAUCUAUCACAGCGAACAGCAUCGCGAAAACACGUCCUCUCUCCUCAAAAGCGAAAGUAGAGAGACAGAACAAAGACUUUAGUCUCUCGGAACUGACGUAGCUUUUCCCCCCUCCCACUUGUAGGCAGAGCGUACACUCUGAGCUGUUUAACCCUGUAAGCUCAGGUUUUCCUCACACGAGCUCUUAAAAGGACUGGCUGAAAAAGCUAAAAUCAAGACAGGUUUGGAGAAGUUCGUUUCUCUUUGAAGGAAAAUAUUUCUUCUACUCUGAGCCACUUAAAGAGAAUUGAAUUCCUGCAAGACAACCACUCUUAUCUGGACAUCUAAAUUGCUAUGUCCUCUUUCUUUUUUCUGUUUUAUGGUUCCUCUCUUAAAGUAAUUAUUUGGUUUAUUUGUUUAAUUCGAAUCUUAAUUUAAGAAAUUGGAUUUUAUGUUAAACAUCUUAUGUGUGUUGGGUAUCAGGCUGGAUGGAAGAGGGAGGGCUGGAAAAAUGCAGGAAACAGGAUCUCUUGGGAAAGAGUUAUUCUGUGACCUUGACAAACUGAUAAGGUGCCGCUGGAAAAUAGGCUGCUUUGAAAACAAGGGAGAGGGAGAUUUUGAAUAUGGCAGUUCAAAAACAGUUUACACCAGGCCUGUGUUAAAUUUGGAGAAGCUAUUAGCCCGAAUUGAUAAAAAUAAUGAAAUGGAGACAAAUUUGACCACUAAAGUAGAGACACUGACAAAGAAAACAGAAGCACUAGAUGUCUCCAUGAAAGGAAAGGAGGAGAAGUCUGAAAAGCUGGAAGACAAAAAAUGGAAAUCAGAACAGGAGAUGCUUAGGAUUGAUGUGGACGGUUUGGGUGGAAGAUAAGAGGCAAUUGCGGGCGCUUUGGCGGUUCUUGAGAUGAGACAGAAAGCCCAGCCUCUGAGACGGAGAGGAGGGAGGAGAGCAGGAUUUUAGCAAAGGUUUGAGCGGAGAGGCUGGGAGUGGAAGAGGAAUUCAUGGAAGAGGCGCCACCCUCCUCACAGCCGGUGGGGUGGCUUUUGGGUAGAAAACCAAUGUGAAUAAAUCCCCCCAGUGCCACCCCCUGGCCGGUCUUCCUGUCUCCCUCUCCCUGUGCUCCCACCCUGCCCAAAUCAAAGUCCCAGCCAGCAGCUGCCCCCCAGGCCUUCCUCCACCCAUCUUGGGGCCUCAAGGCAUGCGGGCAAGUAGGAUCCUAGAAUGCAACAACUGAUUGGCCUGCAGGAAAAGACCAAUCAGGCUCCAGUGGGGAAGCAGAAUCUGUUAGGAUAUUUCCGUUCCUCCUUAAGAAAGGGAACAGGCUGUUUUGCGUCACAUGCCUGUUUACUUCCUGCUCACUGGGAGUUUCCGUUUUGUAUAUAGCUUUUGUUCUGGCUGUUUUCCUUGACAUGAAUGCAGUCAUGUUUUUCCUUUGUUCUGACCAACAUUGAAUAAAGCUGUAAAUAUGCUCUCCUGGGUGAAUCUUCCGUUGUGGAAACUCUGCGAGAAGGGCGUGCAUGAGUCUUGGAAUGCGUCUGAGGGUCGUGUCGCUAAGUGACUGAUGCUGUUCCAACGGGAGACCGGAGAUCGUCUGGAGACGACAUGGAGGCCUGAUGCCUCUGUCUCCCUGGCAGCAUCCCAACAGAAACAGCCAAUCAGAUGGGACUCAUUGUGUAAAUAAUGUAUAUAAAAGCCUGAGGUUUGGGGGGGCAAUUAAAUCACUGUUUUACAAACUGCAAUAAAGAGCAUGAAAUCACUACAGGACUCUGAAUAUAUUUCACUGGCAAUGAAGGUGGGAUCCUGCUGAGCUGUCUGCCGCGCAAAGCACACAGCUGCCAAGGCAACACAGCAUCACAUCGCGCAUCCAGGCUACAGCUCCAGGACCCAAGGACCCAGAAUGGCGACAGACAACCGCUUCAUGCCGUUCAGCCCAGCCUCAGGAGACUGGGAAGGAUACGCCACCCGCUUCCAGUUCCUCCUGGAGGCAAAGGACGUCAUGAGACACAGCCAAGAAGAGGGCAACCUUCUUCAGCAUCUGUGGAGAAGAAACGUUCAAGAUCGCCUGAGCCCUCCUUGCUCCCACAAAUAUUGCGACACGAUAAUAGAACGGCUGAAGGGGCACUUCUCGCAACAACCCUCAGGGGUAGCGUGUCAAAAUGCCUUCUAGGCAAAGCGGCAGGUCUCCGGAGAAACCAUAACCAGGAAUGUGACCUCCCUCUGCCAGGCUGCUCGGCUCUGCAACGUCACAGAGCUGGAGAACAUGCUUGGCGACUGCCUCGUGGGCGGCCUGAGGGACGAGAAGCUGCAGUGGCGCCUCUACGCCAAGAAGGACCUGACGUUCCAGGCUGCCCUAGAGGAGGCUUUAGCAACUGAAGCUGCCGAGAGGUCAGCGCAAGGAUUCCAGUCAAACAUGUCGUCCCAACCUAGGAUCCACCAUGAGGACCUCACCGACGACUCAGAAUCCGACCGGGAGGACAUGCACUGAGUGCAGCAGCGCACAUAAGCUGCAUGCCCACCACGACAGCUUCGUCCGGAAGACGGGAACUGUGCAAGUUGCGGGGAGAGCCACGAGCAGAGGAUUUGCCAUUUCCCAACGCAGAAUGCCGACAAUGCAGAAAAGUGGGACACAUCGCCCGGGUGUGCCGUGACUGCCCUGCCCGACGCCUCGAACCAGAUGGCCCACCCAAGAGUCCCAGGCCCUGUGGUCUGACACACCAAGGCAACUCAACGGAGAUCACAGACUGUCAGGUAUAUCAGCUGCCUCAUUCUAAUGCGGACAAAAUUUACAUCGAGGCACAGAUAGAGGCAGCCCCGUGCCGCCUGGAGCUUGAUACAGGCUCAGCCCUGUCCAUAAUCUUGGCAUGGACAUUAAGGAAUUGUGUCCCAGUGGCGGCUCCAAGUUUGGCCAGCCCCAUUCACCCUCCGAGAGACUUCCACAAACGCAAGGUCCCCACGAUGGGGGUGGGAACCUUCAAUGUACAAUAUCGAGGGCGGAAGAGGCGGUUGGAGUUGAUCGUGGUCAAGGGGUGCUACGUUAGCUUACUGGGGUUGGUGUGGUUUGGGCCACUGGGGCUAGCCAUCACCGGGGUGAACCGCACCAGCUCCCAUGUGGACGUGGACGCCAUGUGCAAAGAGUUUCCAGAGCUUUUUGAUGGGGCAUUGGGGUGAUAUACUGCCCUGCCCCUCCGUUGGCCUACAACUAGACCCCGCCAUACGACCCAUCAAGUUCAAGGCCCGCCAGGUCCCGUUCGCCCUCAAAACCCCGCAUUGGCGAGGAAUUAGACUGGCUUGUGGAGCAAGGAGUGCUCUAGCCCGUGCCUAAUGCCCCCGAGAAACCCCAAUCAUCACACCCGUCAAGCCCAAUGGCUCAAUCCACAUCUGUGUAGACUACAAACGUAACAUAAAGAAGGCCCUUACGGCUCAUGCAUACCCGGUGCCAAUGGUCAGCCAUGUCCUCACCACCCUGGUGGAGUCUUAAAGUCCACCUGAUCAGGGACAAGGUGAGGGCUAUAUGCGAUGCCCCUGCACCUAAUGGUAAGGCAGAACUCCAAGCCUUCUUGGCACUAUUGAACUUCCGGAUGAUUCCUGGGGGGAAACUGCAAGGAGGGGUGGGCAGAGGAAUCCCAAGGGGAUAGCAGAAGGGUGAGGCCCAUAGAGCAGGAGGAGCAGGAAAGGGAGGCAGAAUUAGGAAGUCCAGAAGUGACCGAGGCUGAGCAGCGUCCAACCCAACGAUCCCAUCACAGCCGGCAGCCCUGGAACAAGAGCCAGAACCAGGAACCCCUACUGAGAGACACCCAAGACCACAAGGCAUACAUAGGUGACCGGCAUACCUCAACGACUACGAAUGCUAACCUUCUGGGCGCAACGGGAACUUAGAGGGGAGGGGGGUUAUGUACUAAGCUUGGAUUCUUGAACAAUAGGCAAGUAGAAUCCUAGAAUGCAACAACUGAUUGGCCUGCAGGAAAAGACCAAUCAGGCUCCAGGAGGGAAGCAGAAUCAGCCAAUCAGACGGGACUGAUUGUGUAAAUAAUGUAUAUAAAAGCCUGAGGUUUGGGGGGCAAUUAAAUCACUGUUUUACAAGCUGCAAUAAAGAGCAUGAAGUCAC